GGGGUGGGGGACGGUGCGUUUUUGGCAGUGACUCGCCUCAGCGCAUCCUGCGUUGCGUCCCGCUUGCCGCCUAAUGCGCUCAGAGGACACGGGCCGCCCGGCGAGAGACAGCGACAGGGGCGUAGAUGGCCGGACGCGCCCUGGCUCGGCCAUGCAUCUGCAGGUAUCCGCCCGGGGCUUCUGUCGGCUUCUCCUGCUGCUCCCCGUCGCUCCUCGUCACUGUGCUUCCCGCGCGUCGCCGUCUUGCCGCUGCGCUCCCUGAAUGGACGCGUCCGUCAACCCACAUGCGUGGCCUGCAGUGAGAGCCCGCCAACCGGACCGGACUGCACGCAGCCCCCUCCCCCCCGGGUGUGCUGUGACACGCCGCUUUAGGGUGACACCGAUCCGUUUUUACAGACGUUAUACCUUUUCACCUUACAGCUGCUGUUGAUCGCAUUCUUGGUGACGUAUGAUGCGGGGCAGCUGUUAUUCUGAAUUGAAUCCUGUUUUUUUCUUUUGCUCUGAGUGAAGGAUGGACUGAGCAACGUAUCAGAUGGGGGUGCUGCACAUAGAAUUAAGGUCAAGUAAAUAAUUACUAUCAGGAAUUAGGCGCCAUAGUGGAGACUGGCUGCAUUCAUAUGCAGUGGAUAGAUUUUAAUUGGGUGUUUUCUAGGAACAAAAGAGCUGCUUGGACUGCACUGUCAGGAAGAGUGGAUUCCUAUAUUCCCGAGGAAUGAGAGUUACGAUUAAAGAAGGAUUCCGUGACAGAAAUUAGUACCCCAAACAAAGAAAUAGGGAUUUGGGGGAUGGAUAAAACCGACAGCCGCUGUGCCGCUGUAUCUUCCAAGGAGAAACUCAUCAACUCGUCAUGUAAGUUUCCGUCGUGCUGUCAGAGUCUCUCGCAUCCCAAACUGUCGGUCCUUCGUGGUUUCAUUCAUCUACUGUGUGUCCGCUGAAGCCUGACCACAUGAGCGGAGGCGGCGCCCUGCAGCAACGCACCACCUACCUCAUCUCCCUCACCCUGGUCAAAGUAGAGGCUGUGGAGGAGAAUGGAGGGGAGGCCAAGAACAGCACCCAGGGGAAGGAGGUGGAGGCCGGGCCUGGAGGACGGGCAGGAGGAGAGGCCGGGGUCAAAGGGGAGGCUGAAGGUGAAGCUCCUGCUUGGGAUGAGAACGGAGCAGGACAACCACAAGGAGCUGAGGUUGCUGCGACUCUGAAAGGGAGCAAGUCACCUGAUGAGCUCAAAGAUGGCGGGAGAAAAGCCCUCAUCCCUUUGACGGAUGAACUGCCUUGUACCGUUGAUGUCCCGAUCAAAGGGAGUGAAAAGCCACCGUGCAACCUCUCAAUCCCCACACCUGCCGAGAGGGCGGCGGUUCAGAAGACAAAGUCACCAGAUGUUGACCUACCACAGGUGGAGAGGGCGCCCUCCACCCCAGAGGCAAAGCAAUGCAGGUCACCACUACUGACCACCACGCCUCCAACGGAGGUGGUCGAGCCCAGCCGCACCCCAACCAGGACCAGCCUCCCCAUCCGUCCGGUGGGACAGCGUCCCGUGAGUCUGCUGAAGUCUCACAGCAAUGUGGCGACCCGCGGACGCGACUCCAGGGACGGCAGAGAGCGCAGCCCCACCUCAGCCCAGAGCCUGGACCGGAAGGACUCCCGCAUGCCGACGCGCUCCCCGGGCCCCUGCAGGGCCUCAUGGGCCGAGGCGAGCAGGCCCGACGGCUGGAGGGACCUGCGGGAUGAAGCUCAGGCCGGAAUGCCUCUGGAGAUUGGCGGUGGCGUGGCUGCGGUGAUGAGAGACAUGCCCAGGAAGGACAGACUGAAGGCAGGUUCGGCCUCCCUACCCGCACCUGCGACCCUGGCCAACAAACCCGGCCGCAAAGGUAAAAGCCGCACGCUGGAUAACAGUGACCUGAACAGCCUCUCGGAAGACCUGGGCCUGGUCCAGCAGGCGCAGCAGGGCAACCGAGGCUCCACUAAAGACAGAAAGAUGCUCAAGUUCAUCAGUGGCAUUUUCACAAAGAGCAACUCGGGGUCAGCGGGGUCAUCCGCCACAGCGCCACCUGUCUAUAUACAGAGAGACUCCAGCGAAGAGGAAGUAAAUAUUGCCAACAGCCAGGAGUGGACCCUCAGCAGAUCCAUCCCAGAGCUCAGACUGGGCAUUCUGGGAAGUAUAAAAAGCGGCAAGUCAGCGUUGGUGAACAAAUAUAUCACCGGCAGUUAUGUUGCUCUGGAGAAGCCUGAGGGUGGCAGAUAUAAAAAGGAACUGUUGGUGGACGGACAGAGUAAUUUAUUACUGAUCCGGGAGGAAAAUGGACCACCUGAUGCCCAGUUCAGCAGCUGGGUGGACGCGGUGAUUCUGGUUUUCAGUCUGGAGAACGAGGGCAGCUUCCAGGAGCUCUACCAGCUCUACAGCCAGCUGAGUGCACACCGCACGGACAUCCCGGUCAUCGUGGUCGGCACCCAAGAUAAAAUCAGUAGCACCAACCCUCGUGUGAUCGAGGACCAGAGGGCCAGACAGCUGUGUGUCGACGUGCGUCACUCGCUGUUCUACGAGACCUGCGCGACUUACGGCUUCAACGUGGACCGAGUGUUUUCAGAGGCGGCCCAGAAGAUUGUAGCUCAGAAGAAGCAGGCGGCGCUUCAGGCCUGCAAGUCUCUCCCCAACUCUCCCAGUCACUCUGGAGGCUCCACACCGGGAUCAGCGUCGUUCCCCGGACAGGCCAGUAAUGGCCCGAGUUGUGGCUACGCCUACUCCCUCCCCUCCACCCCUGUGAUCGCUCACAGAGAUCUGCGGGUUGCACAGGCAGAGGGGGGAGGCAGCGUCAACUCCCGUUCUCUGAAAGGCAUCCCCAGACGGCCGUCCCUCUUCAAGAACCGGGACUCGGAUAAGAAGUCCGGUGAUCCCAAAGGAGACCUGAGCGGUGCGCGGGGCGUCCCCAUCAAACAGAGCAUCUUGUGGAAGAGAAGCGGCAGCUCUCUGAAUAAGGAGUGGAAGAAGAAAUACGUCACCCUCUCCAACAAUGGAACGCUGUCCUACCACUCCAGCUCCAGCGACUACACGCAGAACAUCCAUGGAAAAGAAAUUGACUUGCUGCGCGUGACAGUUAAAGUUCCCGGGAAACGUCCUCCGAGAGCCGUGGCUCCUGCAGGGCCCUCACCUGUCCCCCCCGGCGCCGCACCUGGAGUCAACGGGCUGAGUAAGGAUCCAACAGCCACCGAAGGCACCAGCACAGUUCCCCAGUUGUGUCCAGCCACUCUGUCUGUGGUGGAUGACCGGUCCGGCGUCCUGCUGCCUCACGGAGGAGACAGAGGACUUCAACGCUGCGCCUCGUCAUUGUCCGCCAAAGCACAAAGUGUUGAUGCUCUUGAGGGAGCAGCCGGUCCUUUCGCUGGAAAAGAUCCCGGCCAAUCGUCUCCGAUGAGCGACAGGAAGAAGAACAGGAGGAAGAAGAGCAUGAACCAGAAAGGAGAUGCAGCCGUAGGGCAGGCGGAAGACGAGGAGAACGCAGACUUCAUCAUCGUGUCGUUCACCGGGCAGACGUGGCACUUUGAGGCUCCGAGUCUGGAGGACCGCGACUCCUGGGUCUCGGCCAUAGAGAGCCAGAUCCUGGCCAGCCUGCAGUCCUGUGAGAGCGGCAGAAGCAAGGCUCGGAGGAGCAGCCAGAGUGAGGCUGUAGCGCUGCAGGCCAUCCGCAACGCCAAGGGCAACCAUCUGUGCGUCGACUGCGAGGCACCAAAUCCCACCUGGGCCAGCCUCAACCUGGGCGCGCUCAUCUGCAUCGAGUGCUCCGGGAUCCAUCGCAACCUGGGGACCCACCUGUCCCGCGUGCGCUCGCUGGACCUGGACGACUGGCCGGGGGAGCUCACGCAGGUCCUGGCGGCCAUCGGGAACCACACGGCCAACAACCUGUGGGAGAGCUGCACCCAAGGGCGAACCAAACCCACGCCGACCGCCACCCGUGAGGAAAGAGAGUCGUGGAUCCGCGCAAAGUACGAGCAACGGGCCUUCGUGCCGCCCCUCCAGCCGCCGCCGGGUCCCCAGCUUCCAGGCGACGACAUGCCGGCGUGGCUGCUCUCCGCCGUGACCGAGAGAGACCUGCCCAGGCUGCUGCUGCUUCUGGCCCACAGCACCAAGGAACGGAUCAACGCUCAACCGACCGGGGAGACCUCGCCGCCUCGCUCGGCCCUGCACGCGGCCUGUCAGCUGGGGGACGUGGUCAUGACACAGCUGCUCGUUUGGUACGGAAUUGACGUGAAAGCGAAAGAUAACCAAGGCCAGACGGCCAUGAAGAUGGCCAGAAAAAUCGGCAGCAAAGGCUGCAUUGAUAUUUUGCUGCAGCACGGCUGUCCCAACGAGACGUCCCCCACCACUGCCACGCCCGUCCUCUCCCGCCGGUCCAGCACCGCCAGCCUGGGCCGAACCAGCUCCAGCAGGAAACGGGUGUCGUAGCGCCAACUCAAGAUGACCCCCGCCGCCCCCCCCCUCCCUCCUCCGCGGAGCGCCUGGCGACGACUGGGGGAUGCUUAUUGUUUAGAGUUUUUUUUUAAUUUUCAACUGUUACAACGGAGAGCGGCGUACUUUAACGACAGGACUACAUCGUAGUACUACGGAUACACAAGAUACUCUCCGAAGACCGAACAUAUCAAACAACCUAAAAGCAAUAUUCAUUGAAUUUUGUUGAUGACACAGAUGUUGCUGGGAUACUGUGUUGUUGUUGUUGUUGUUGUCAACAUCAUUUAAAAAUGACUCGAGCUGAACUUUGAGGCUGUCUUCUGUAGUUUUAGAGCAGACAAACUGCACAUUGUUUCACUUCCUCAAGGAGAAGUGCAAUAAUCCAAAUAUGACGAUGAAAAGCAACAAAUUGUGGAGCGAACUAUGUCUGUACGGUCGAUACGUCGAGAGGGUGCUGCUUUUAUUCAAAUUUGUUGUGACUGGACCAAAACGGCUAUUAUUUUCUUUGGCUUUACAAAUGAAAUCUACAUGUCCUGUUGCUAGUGUCGUGUGCAGCAGUACGAAGGCCAGUUUGGUCAAUAUAAACAGUUUUUCAGUGACAACUCAGCUGAAAUUAUUCUGCUUAGACUAGAAAAAUGAAGUAUAUCAGUGUUACUAUCACAGGUCAGAGAUAUGGCGUUUUAUUAUACUGUAAAUGUACCUAUACUACAUACUUAAUGUCAAAUUGUAACGAAGACACAUCAGAAAAAUCAAAGAAUGAAUUUUGUAAAUUAUUUCUACUGGUAGGUUUGACAUGUUUUUUUAAUCGUCUUAUCAUUUCCUAUUUCUUACAUGUCAUGAAAGCAUAAACCAGUAAACAAAAAACGUUUGCAUAAUGUAAAGAUGUGGCUGUUUGUUUAAACGUUUUGGGGGGGAUGGCCAACAACUACAUAAAGACAUUAUUCAUGUUCAUGUUACUGUUGUGUAGGUCUAUCCCAUGAGUUUACAGUGAAGUAUGAAAAGUUGCAGGUGUCAUUGUUAUUUCGGACACUUUGUUGGUCGUGUGAAUCUGUCAUGAGCUAAAAAAUAAACUUUUUUUAAUUAGCAUUAUCAGGAUAAUUUGUGUUGUUUUAUUUUGUCUUUGUCUGUGCCUGUCUGCUGCAAUUUUGUUUAUAGCAUGUUUUUCGAUGUGGAAUGUAACUAAUGAUAAUAGUACAAAUUUGAAGUACUUGUGACUUAGUUGAAAAUCUCCUCUUUGCUCUUUUAUAUUUCUACUACAACACAUUUGUUUGACAUUCGUUACUAGUAAACUUCAUAAUAGAUUCAAAAUAUAAAUGAAUGAAAUCUGAUGAGUUUGGAUAAAGCCAGUAGUAAAGCCCACCUUUACCAGCUGAAACAUUAUGUACAUGAAUGCAACAACAAAUAAAAUCAAUAUAUUAUUCUGAAAUGAA